AAGCUUUGAAAUUUCUCUUAUACAACACUGACAGCUAUAAAGUUAUUCCUCGUUAUUUUAGUUGUUAUUUUUUACAAUUUUUUGCGGCGAACGAAUUUUAGUAUCCCAGUCAUUUUUGUUUAAUUUAUAAUGGCUCUGAAUAACUUUAUUGAUGUUAUGGAGGACUUGGCGUACAUGUUCACGGUGGCUAUAGAGCCACACCAAGAUUUUAUCCACGACGCCCGCGUUCUGUGCAAUGCGAUCCAACAGCAGUUGCAUCUGGACAACGCGAUAUUCAAGCACCAUAUGGGUCAGCUACAUAGAACAGCUGCACACGUGGAUGAUCUGAAUCUGGAUAUGCCGCUAAAUUUUCAAAUAUUUCUGCCUAUUCGGCUUCCUGUCCCUGUGAUUCCGGCCUACAAUAAAAUGGAAAGGACAGUGGAGUUCAACCGACCAGACUUCGAGCAUCCGUUCUUCUUUGGCAAUGCGGCGAAUUCGAAGUGCAUGAACCUUUUGCUCCAGAAGGAGAUGAAGAGAGCUGUUGACAGGCUGGGAAGUGUCCGUGGAUACACCGGAGCUAUUUAUGACUUGAAGUACACAGUGUGGAGCUACCAGAAGGUGCCUUUCGUUCAUCAACUGGUGGCUGUGGAACGGGGUAAUCUACAUCAACGCUGCAUUCGCUUCGACUUCGUUUUGGCCUUGGAAUUCGAUGGGUCGGAACUGCCUCUGCCUCCGUACUACGAAGCCCCUAUUAGCCAUCGCUGGAUCGCCUAUGGCAUGGUGCCCCUAGAAGGUACCCAAAGCCCUACGGAGUGGGCUGUCCUUGUUCCGAAAUGGCAGUCGGCGGAUGCUGGUACCUGUUUAAGGAAUCUGAAUACCAUGAUCAUCUUGCACCGACUACUGCGCGCCCAGCAAUGCCACUGCUGCGCCCUGGCAGCCUCCAUGAAGUUUGGUUUCGCCCUGACCACCGAGGAGCAUGGCGAAAGCUAUCAAGAGCUAGGCAUAGCCGACCUGAUGCUUUCGACCUUUGGCCAUAUGGUGUUCUGCAACUUCUGUGACGUUCUUGGCAACCAUACCAAGGGCGACAAAGACGCCAAAACAAGCAGAGUGUUGGGAGUCCGAAAGCAGCAGAUGCGUGCCAAGGGGAUAUUCUUUGUACUGGCCGAGGCGUUGCGGGUGAAUGCGAUCGACACCGAGUUUAUACACGGACUGUUCCGGUACAUCUACAUCCCUCCGCCACCGACUUGCUAUUGGCAAUCCUUGGAGGAUUACAUGGAUAAAAUGCCCAUACUCGACUCGAAUUCAUGUUUGCUAGAACGCCGCAGAAGCAUUUGAAGUGGCAUAAUCGCAGUAAGCCUUCAAAAGUAAAUUGACCAGAAGCGGUGCAGGCAGUGAGGCAGGCGUAUUUCAAGAUGUGGGUGGCGGGGCUGGUUGUGGAUGGUUGGCGUUCUGUUGGAUGACAAACAUAAAAAAGAACCCUUGUUGAUUUUUGGAAAUUUGAGCAGAACUGUAAAUUGGGCAAGCAGUUUGUGGGAAUCCUUUACCUCGGAUCCAGUCUAUUUUAUUUUUUUUGUUGUUGCACUAAGACCCCCCGAACGCCUUAGUGUCUCCAAAUCUCGGUAAUUGUGCAACUUUAAUGCCAAAAAUAAGUGGAGCUGUUGGAAACGAAUGCACAGACACAUGAACCAGUAUUGGGCACACACAGAAGAACACACAGCAGAGACAGAGACAAAAGUUAAUAAAAGCCAACUAAAAACUAAA